AUGAGAACUAGUAGAGCUUUGGGGAGGUUACCUCAAAACUUUCGCUCAAUAACUGGACUUGGAACUUCUACUCAAGAUACUGACUAUGAUGAUAUUCUAAAUCGUUUCGUGGAGUUGCAUAACAAGACGGAACAGAUGUAUAAAGAUGCUGUUAAAUUUAGGGACGGUAUCUCAUUUAUGUUGAAUCAUCAGGCUAAUUUUUCUGAUAUUAUGGUAGAAUUAUAUAACCCUAUCGUAGGCAAGAAUGAAGCUGAAUCAACUACCCGUCGUGUUGCAACUCCUGUUCAAUCUAUGAAUUCUGUUAAGGAAUUUCAAAUGACGAUGGUCGAAUUGAGAGAUAUUAUUUUACCUGAAUUGGAUCGCGUGGAUAAUAUGGUAGUAUUACCUUCUAAGGAAUUCAUCGACAUUAUUAAAAUGAUAAAGAAAAUUAUUACAAAACGGGAGCACAAAAAGGUGGAUUUUGAUCGAUACACAGUUAGUGUGAAAAAGCUUCAAGAUAAAAAGGAUAAAUCGUUGAGUGAGGCAAAGUCAUUGGUUAAGGCUGAAGAAAGUCUUACCAAGGCGACAGGAGAAUAUGAACAUUACAAUGAAUUACUCAAGAAGGAAUUGCCCGUAUUCUUUGAAUACAGGGCUCAAUUCAUCGAACUAAUUAUCACUAAUUUUUAUCAUUUGCAAUUAAAAAUUUACGGUAUUUUAUAUGAAAAAAUGGACCUUUUAAUUAAUAAAACUGGCUACUUCGAUGUUCGGUCGGAUAUUGUAGAACAUUACGAUGAAAGGAAAGUUGAAGUAAAUCAACAAAUUGAUCAAUUUAUUUUAUUACAGAGAGGAGACAAGAAAGGAUCGAAAAAAGAAAAUAGCAGUUUGCACCAUGAUAAAAGUGAUGAACCAACUGGGACAGGGCAUCCUAGUAAAAGUUCCACGUAUAAAUCAAAUAAUAACGAUAGCGAUGAUUAUGCGGAACCGCCACCAUCUUAUUCAUCUAUAUCUACCCAUCCUGUAAACGUGCCAGCUGGACCAAGCUCUGCAGCUAGGUCCCCUUCAAAUUCAAAACUUUAUCCUAUUUACAAAGCUCCUCCACCUUUUCCACCUCAUGGUUCAAAACCACAGUAUGUUAGAGCAUUAUACGAUUAUGAUGCGCAAGCAGAAAAUGAUUUAUCAUUUAGAAAAGAUGAUAAGAUUGAGGUUAUUAUGCGAACAGCAAAUGAAAAUGAUUGGUGGAAAGGAAAACUGAAUAAUGUAAUUGGUGAUUUCCCAGGAAAUUACGUUCAAGAUUG